AUGCAUGCGUGUAAUGUAAUGGUACCCCCCGACGACGAUGCGGACAUGGAAACAACGAAUUGGAAAGAUUACGAAAGUGAGCCUGACGUGAUUACAGAAGAGAAGAUGGGCUCUGGUCAGUCUGAGAGGCAAGAACAAGAAAGGGGUAGUACGAAUGUUUGA